ACCAGGAUAGAUCAGAGUUUUGUGCCCAGAAAGAAAACUGAACAGGGUUUGAUUUAAGGCUUCAGACUCUUUCAAGACCCGGAGGAGCCAUGGAUAUCCAGAAUAAGAGGGUACAAUUCCUGCUAUUCAUGAUUGGCCUCCUUUCUCUCAUUAUCGUUGCUGAAAAAUGCCGAGAGCUGGUUGGAGAGGAGGCAUCAUCCAAGAGUGGGAAGUUUACUCUGUUAAACUGUUUCGAUAUGGGCUCUGGGUCACUUGCAUGUGCAGUUAAGGAAGGCGUAAAACUCUACACCUACAACAUCAGAUCUGCUCACGUUGAGAGAGUGAGGCAUCGAGCGAUUGAAGUUGCCCUAACUGAAGCAUUAGCACAGGGGCUGGGUGCCAGUGAUGCAGCCAAGCAAGCACAGAAGGAGGCAGCAAAGGCAGCAAAGAUGGCAGCUCGACAAGCCAAACGCGUCAUAGGCCCCAUUAUUUCUUCUGGGUGGGACUUCUUUGAAGCCAUUUACUAUGGGGGUACCGUGACAGAGGGCUUCCUCAGGGGCUCUGGGACCUUGUUUGGAACCUAUGCUGGAGGGUUUCUUGGAGAAGAAAGGCUUGGGAAGUUAGGUUAUCUUGCAGGAAGUCAUUUGGGCAGUUGGGUUGGAGGAAGGAUAGGACUGAUGGUGUAUGAUGUGGUUAAUGGAGUACACUCCCUGCUUCAGUUUGCUCAAACAGUAGAAAGUGAAGUAUUUGAAAAUGAGAACUCUGAAGCUUCUCAAGAGUCCUACGUUUAUGAAACUCCUAAUUAUGAGGAGCUCUAAAGCCUCGAUGGUUCUUAUGAAGUUCUAUAUGAUCUGCUUUCAUAAUUCUUUUUGUUUCUUUCUCCCCAGUCUCCCCCUCCCCCUUCCUAUAAUUAAAAUUAUCAUUGAAUGUAGCAAAAUUGAACUGUAUUCUGCUGACCUGUGCUUGGAGAAUCUAGGAGAAAUUUAUAGAUUGGAUA